AUGCCGUACCAGGGAUCGGUGCUGCCUGAACCAAUACCCGACAAUGUGACAAUCUGGUCAUGGCUGUUCGAGACGAAACAUUCACCACCAGGGGUCAGGCCAUCAGGAGGCUUUCGCGAUGCGUCGACCGACCAGUUCCUCUCCUUCGACGAUAUUCGCCGCCUUGCAACCCGUCUGUCGACCAUCCUGUACCACAAAUACGGUCUGCGCACUGGAGACGGAGUUUGCGUGUUUUCUGCGAACACAAUAUGGUACCCCGUCGCGAUGUUUGCGGCAGUCCGACUCGGGGUGGUGUUCACUGGUUCCUCGCCGGAAUAUGGCCCGGACGAAGCAGGCUAUAUUUUGAAGGCGUCGAGAGCCAAGCUGGUGUUUGCGGAUCAGAGUUCGCUCAAAGCAGUCUCGCAAACGUUUAACGCGGAUCGGAUUGUCCUUCUGGAACCUGCACAGGCUUCUGGCGCUUUGCCUUCAGUCAAGAACUUACUCGACGAACCAGACUCUGGCGGAGCUCCCGCGCCUUUCACGCUUCCCGCAGGCAAGAAAAACGGUGAGGUCUGCGCGUACCUGAGUUUCACCUCUGGCACGACGAGCCGGCCGAAGGGCGUCAUGAUAUCCCACAGAAACGUGAUCGCCCAGAUCAUGCAGAUGCGGUCGCUUGGCCGGCAAGACCUUCCAAGGGUCUUGCUAGGAGUCUUGCCACUGUUUCAUAUCACCGGGCUCGUUCAGAUCUUGCAGCUGCCAAUCGUCCUCGAUCAAGAAGUCAUCUUGAUGCCCAAGUUUGACAUGCAGGGCAUGAUGGACACGAUAGUCAAAUACAAAUGCGAUGAAUUGUGGCUUGUACCACCUCUUCUCAUCAGACUGGUCAAUGACCCGAUCGCCGCCAGCCAUACCUUGCCUUUGGUGAAGCAAUUCAACACCGGGGCUGCGCCUCUGGCCCAAGAGAUCGUCGAAAAACUUGCGAAGCGGUUCCCGCAUAUCGCGAUACGGCAGGCAUGGGGAAUGACCGAGAGCACCAGUGCCCUGACACUAACACCACCGGCAUUGCAAACCUAUGAGAACGCUCACACAGUUGGUGCCGUCGUUCCGGAAACAGUGUUGAAGAUAGUGGACCCGGACACUGGGAAGGAAAUCAAAGAAGGCGAGAGCGGAGAGAUCUGGGCAAAAGGCCCUCAGGUAACGAUGGGAUAUCUUGAUAAUCCGAGCGCCACAGCAGAGACGUUUGACCAAGAAGGAUAUCUACACACCGGUGACAUAGGCUCCAUGCUGCCUAGUGGUCUCCUUCUGGUCCAGGACAGGCUCAAAGAGAUGAUCAAGGUCAAAGGCGUAGGAGUCGCUCCAGCCGAACUGGAAGAUCUCUUGCUUGGCCAUCCGCUGGUCGUCGACGUUGCGGUCAUUGGUAUUCCCGAUCCAUAUUCCGGAGAGCUGCCAAAGGCCUUCGUCGUACUGAGCGAAAAGGCCAAGCCUGAUCCUCAGACGGCACGGGAAUUGCAAGACUUCGUGCGCCAAAAGAAAAGUAGAAGCAAGUGGCUGGGUGGUGGUGUGGAGUUCGUCAACCAGAUUCCCAAGAGUGCUUCCGGCAAGAUUCUGCGGCGGAUGCUGAGAGACCAAGAGAGGGCUCGUGCACAGGCAUCCGCGAUCAGAAGUCGGUUGUAG